AUUAGGUGAAAAAAAAUAAAAAACAGAAAAGGAAAAUAAAAGGGAAAAAAAUAGGGGAGCAUAACUCCUAAUUCAUCAAUUCAGCUCACAGUCGUGGUCGGGUUUCAUUCAACCACACAGUUAGGGUUCCGGAUCUGCAAAUCAAAUAAUCUUCCACCCGCGCCCAUAAAACUCCUUCUUUCUGGAUCUCCACCGGUGAGGGUAAGGAAGGUCGAAUCAUUAGAUAGAAAUGGCGAUGAGGAACGUUUACAAAGAGAUCAAGGGACUGAAGGUGAAGGAGGUGCCGGCGAAGCUGAAGCCGAUGCUCAGCCUGGAUUACCUCAAGGGCUCCUUCCAAAGGGGUUUGGACAAUUACCACCAAAAGUACAUCCUCACCGAUUCCGUCCAGCCUCUCUAUCACAUCUGCUUCGGCGGCAUGAUCUUCUCUUACCUCGUCGCUCUCCCCGAGGAGCGUCGUCAUCUCGCGCACCAGGAGCACGCCAAGCAACAUGGCGCCCCCGCCGCUCACUGAUGUUUUUAUCUAUCUUCUAUGCUCCCUUUUGCUUAAAUAAGGUUGUUCCCGAUUUCUGCCUUUUCAUCUUUCUUUCUAUCGUUUCAAUUCAUUUUGUUUCUCAUCAGUUUUAUUGUUAUUAUUAUUAUUUUUUGCCUUUUCUUUUGUUAGUAAGGUCGUUCUUUUCGUUUUAAGAAGCUUUAAAUAUUUUGUUGUAUUAUCGCACUUAAAUUUCUGAUAAUGUCAUUUCGCCACUAGUUAGAUUGAAAUGCUCUGCUUUUAACCUUUUAUUUGUUAGUAUUUUUUUGUUAUAAUGUGAUUGCUGAUACAUCUGUUCAUUUGAUUGUGCGACGAUUUGAGGUGGUUUCCUGUGAGAAUAUAUUUGUUUUUGAUAAUUUGUUGCUUGGUUUGAUGAAAUUCGUGUAAAAUAAUCUCUGCAGCCUUUCAAUUUUUUCUAUGGGACUUGAUUUUGUUUUCCCUGUUGACAUUCCCAUUUGUUUUGCUACCUGAAAAUCUAAAUUUACCUUCCAACUGAGAUUUUACCCAUAGAAUCCCUUUUAUUGUUGUAUUUGUUGCUCCCUUUUGAUGACUGCCAUUUGUCAAAUGGAAUAGUUUUGCUCUGGUGUGCAAAGUGCUCAUCAUGCUUGAAUGUUUCUAACAAAAAUAUCUGUUUUAAUUUUGAUACCUAGAAUUAUUGUGCUUGUUGUGGCUCAUGUGCACUAUUUUUGUCAUGAACUGGGCAUGGUCUUUGACGUGGCUUAUUGCUGAUGGGAAUUAUUGUGCAUUUGGGAGUUUGAAUAAGGAAAAAUCUUUAGUUUAGGCCUUUCGGCAAGAGUGUGAUACUGCAGCUUACAGUAGCAUCUCUUAAGCUACUAUAUACCUUGUGAAACAAAAGUUUAUCUUGAAUAUGAACAUAGUAUUCCAAAUGUAUGAAGUGUUACUCAUUUGUAGUGAAGUUUUUUCCCAGGAUAAUCUAAAGUUCCUUAUGGUAAAUGUUCAUUAUUACCAGAUGCCUGUUGUAGUCUUCACCAUUUUGUUGAUUAAAUGUCGGCCGUUUGCAUACUUUUGAGUGAGUUACAAGUCAUAAUCGAUAUCUGUUUCUUUGCUAAGUCGGAACUCGUUCCAUGUACUUAAAGAAUACCUGACCUUCAAAGAUGGAAGUCAGUUUUCUUUUCCUUUUUUCUUGUGGGGAAGGGGGUUCAAUGUUGCCUGCAUAAUAUAGCCCAGUUGUUGAAAUGUCAUAACUGAGUUUGUUUACUCAUUAUCUGAUCCGUUCUUUGCUCUAUGACUUGCAGUUUCAGCCAAGUCCAUGGGAGUAGCUGAUUCUUUGAGGCUUAAGCACUGAAGAUCUUUGUUUAUUUGUGUCACUGUGCUCUGGUUAGAUACUCUGGCAAAGCAAGGAAUCUGAACUUUUUGAGAAAUAAUUUGUUUGCAC